GAGUUCAGACUCCUGCCGAAGCUUCUCCCUCUUCCGCCGCGCCGCAUCCUCUCCCCAGAUGUUCAGCCAGCCGGGGUGCUAGUGUCAGCCGUCUCUGGUGCCUGGGUGUGAACUUGCUGGCAAGGCUGCUGCCGGGAGGAGGCUGUCGAUUGAGCCGGAUUUAAAGGGGAAUUGUGCUGCAGACAAUGCUCAGCAGCAGCAUCUGGAGCAGCCCUGGGGACCCAGCUACACAUUGCUACACACCCAGCCAGGCACAAUGACAGCAGCUGCCUGGAGUGGCUGCAGGCAGCAGGCGGGAGCAUGAAGUGAAGGGAUCACUGCAGUGCUCAAGAUGAACUCCACCUUGGUUGGUAACCAGAGUGGGCGGCCAUUCUGCCUCCUGGCCAUUAGCUACUUGGAGACGGUCAAUUUUUGCCUCCUGGAAGUGAUUAUAAUAGUGUUCCUCACCGUGCUGAUCAUUUCAGGCAAUAUUAUAGUGAUAUUUGUCUUUCACUGUGCACCUUUACUGAACCACCACACCACCAGCUACUUCAUCCAGACGAUGGCAUAUGCUGACCUCCUGGUGGGUGUGAGCUGUCUGGUGCCUUCUUUGUCCUUACUCCAUUAUCCCAUUGUUUUGAGAGAGUCCUUGGUCUGCCAGGUCUUUGGUUAUGUGGUAUCUGUGCUCAAAAGCGUCUCCAUGGCCUCUCUGGCUUGCAUUAGCAUUGAUAGAUACAUUGCCAUCACCAAACCACUGACCUACAAUACUCUGGUCACCCCGUGGAGACUCCGCGUCUGCAUCCUGAUCAUUUGGCUGUACUCCUGUGUAGUCUUCUUACCUGCCUUCUUUCACUGGGGAAAGCCUGGAUAUCAUGGGGAUGUGUUUCAGUGGUGCGCCGACUCCUGGUACACUGAUCGCUAUUUCACUCUCUUCAUCGUGAUGAUGCUCUAUGCCCCUGCUGCUUUCAUCGUCUGCUUCACAUACUUCAAUAUCUUCCGCAUCUGCCAGCAGCACACCAAGGAAAUCAAUGAAAGGCGAGUGCGCUUCAGCUCCCAGGAUGGGGAGGCUGGGGAGGCACAGCACUGCCCCGAUAAGCGCUAUGCCAUGGUUCUCUUCCGCAUCACCAGUGUCUUCUAUAUCCUCUGGUUGCCCUACAUCAUCUAUUUUUUGCUGGAGAGCUAUGCUGUCUAUAGAAACCACACUGCAUCCUUUUUGACCACUUGGCUUGCCAUUAGCAACAGUUUCUGCAACUGUGUCAUUUACAGUCUCUCCAACAGUGUUUUUCAGAAGGGGCUCAAGCGCCUCUCGGGAGUUGUUUGUGCCUCUUGCGCAAGACAGAGGGUAGUUAAGGACCCCUCAACCUCUAGGAGCAAAAGACCUUCCAAUGGAUGCCAUGUCUAAGGAGCAGAUCGCUGUGACUGGGAAAUGCAGGCAGUCAUGUAAAUUGCAAAAUAAGUUAAAAACAGUUUUAAGAUGCCAGGUUAGCAAAAAGGUUUCUGAGAAAUGCUGCUGACUCAAAAAUCAGGAGUGUGUAUUAUUGUUUUCACUUUAACAUUUCAUCAUGGUGUUGGGGUAUAUGGUGUGUGACCUCCAUAUUCAUUUUAAGAAUAAAGCUGUAUCCUGACACUUUUUCUGGCAUGACUGAAUGUAGUGGGUGUGUGUGAGCUUCAGCAAAAAUGGUGUUUUUUUUUUUACAGCUUUACGAGGCUGUUUCAAGAUUUAUGCUCACAUAGAAAUGAUUUCUCUCAAGUGGAAGUGUUAUAGUAUAAUGGUGUAUUGCAGGGAUUUUUUGUGUGUAUUUCAAAGCAUAUUGACUCUGUGUGUUCUUACACUGCAAUAUAAGGGGCCAAAUGGUUUGUCUUUCAGCUCUACCUAGACAGAGCUCUAGAAUAUAGUGAAUAAUGUGAACACUUUAACAUUAACUUAAACUUGUAAUGAGCCAUAAAUGCAGCAAUGUGCUCAAAACAGUGAGACACUUUUGAAAACUGAUCUGGUCUUUGUGCCCUGUUUUACCAGUAGAAUUCUUGUAUGUGAUUGGAGUACAGUAUUUAUAUUUUCCUUUUUGAACAACUUGGAUCAGACCAAAGUUAGCAGUUUAAUAAAACAUUU